AUUAAUCGACUGACCUCAGAUUUUCAUUCAGUUUGAUUUGAGAUUUUCACUUUGAUAAUUAAAUUUGUUUACUCUUGAACCUUUUCCUUUUAAUUGUAAAUUGUGAUCACAUUUUGUACAAAUGAUUGGGAACAAUUUAGAUUAUAAAGAAAAAUGAAAUUCGCUGAGGAAAAGCUUACAAUCUACAAACGGCUAACUUUUUCUGUUCCAAUUUGAUUCUGUCAAUAAUAUUUGUUUAUGUUUCAUUUGUGUUGAUUUUUGUUUUUAAUUGUUGAUUUUUUAUUCUGUUGAUUGAAUUAUUUCUGAUUCUUUGACAUUCGAUUAUAUUGGUUUCACAAUUCUCAGUGAUUGACACGCGUCUCUUUUAAGUUUGAAUAUCAAGUCGAAAAUCUCAUUAAGAUGACAUCUAAUAGUGCCCCAAGUGGAGAAAAUGUUAGCUCUGAUAAGCUAAUCAUGGGUCCUGAACCAAGUUCGUUUGCUAAAGGAUUUGGUUAUGAUGAAGCUGAAGAGGAAAGUGAUUCUCGAGAAUCAAUUACUCAUAUCCACCAUCAAGAUACUGAUGAUAAUGUUGCCAGUUCAUUUGGUGGUAUUUGUGGUGGUCAACCAAAGCCGAAAGUUUUAAUAAUGGGUUUGAGACGAAGUGGUAAAUCAAGUAUACAGAAAGUUGUAUUUCACAAAAUGUCCCCGAAUGAAACUUUGUUCCUCGAGAAUACCAACAAAAUUGUCAAAGAUGAUAUUUCCAAUUCAUCAUUUGUUUCCUUCUCAAUUUGGGAUUUUCCUGGUCAAAUCGAUUUCUUUGAUCCAACUUUUGAAACGGAAAAUAUUUUCGGUGGUUGUGGUGCUCUUGUGUUUGUGAUCGAUGCCCAAGAUGAUUAUGUUGAGGCUUUGUCCAAAUUAUAUACUACGGUAACUCGAGCCUUCAAGAUCAACCCGAACAUAAAGUUCGAAGUUUUUAUUCAUAAAGUUGAUGGUCUCUCGGACGAUUAUAAAAUAGACAUUCAAAGAGAUAUUCAACAAAGAGCUAACGAUGAACUAUUAGAUGAGGGUUUUAAAAAUAUUCAUCUCAGUUAUUAUCUAACCUCAAUCUACGAUCAUUCAAUAUUCGAAGCCUUUUCAAAAGUGGUUCAGAAAUUAAUUCCUCAACUGGGCACAUUGGAGAAUCUUCUUAAUAUUUUUAUAUCGAACUCAGGAGUUGAUAAAGCAUUCCUUUUUGAUGUUGUCUCUAAAAUUUAUAUCGCUACCGAUGGAAGUCCAGUCGAUAUGCAAUCAUAUGAACUAUGUUGCGAUAUGAUCGACGUCGUUAUCGAUAUUUCUUGUAUUUAUGGCAUCAAAGAUGACGGCGAAGGUGCAACUUUCGACUCUAAUUCAUCAGCCAUUAUAAAGUUGAACAACAAAACUGUUCUGUAUCUACAAGAAGUUAACAAAUUUCUUGCACUAGUUUGUCUAAUUAGUGAGAAUAAUUUUGAAAAACAAGGAUUAAUACAAUAUAACUUUUAUUGUUUUCGAGAUGCGAUUCAACAAGUCUUCGAGGACCGAUGUGCCAAACCUUUUUCUGAAACUUUACAAGAAAUUUCUUGUUAGUUAUGGUGUUGAAAUCUAUCCAAAGCAUCAUUGCCAUUCUCAUGUUGAUUACAAUUUCUUUUUUCGCCCAUCUUCUUCUUCUUCUCUCUCUCUCUCUCUCUCUCUCUCUCUCUCUCUCUCUCUCUCUCUCUCUCUCUCUCUCUCUCUCUCUCUCUCUCUCUACUUUCUUUCUUAAAAUCGUAGCGGAAAUGAAGUUUAAAAAUACUAGAGUGAGAGAGAUAGUAAUCACAAUCAAUUUGCUACCGGAAACUUUUUAAUUGUUUUCCAAUCGCUCAACGAAUUAAAUCUUGUUAUGUUUUCUUUAUCUAGAUUAUAAAUUUUAAUCCAGUUAAUUGGUUGGUAAUGUAUCUCUUUACCCCUUUUCUCAUCUUUUCUCUGUAACUAACUAAUUGCUGAAGACAAAAAAAAUCUAUUUCUAAAUCUAUUCUCGUAAAAAAAACUCUAAUGGUGAAAAUAAAUUAACUGAAAUCAUAA